AUGGCUGAGAACAACUCCUCCGGUGCGGCUCCUGGCCAGACUGGCUACGAGACCGGUGCCCAACAGCACAUGCCACCACCUUCUGUCCCAUCAUUGACCAUUCCACCAAACAACAACCCUGUUCCUACUCCCGUCGAUCUUGAUGGGAUUCUGUCUCCGACAAGUGCUGGUGGUCAAGUCCGCCGAUCCGCACCUGAGCCGAACAAAAGAGCUUUGUACGUGGGUGGAUUGGACCCACGGGUGACAGAGGAGGUUUUGAAACAAAUCUUUGAGACCACUGGUCAUGUGCAGAACGUCAAGAUCAUCCCAGACAAGAACUUCCAAUCUAAAGGAUUCAACUACGGCUUCGUCGAGUACGACGACCCAGGUGCGGCUGAGCGUGCCAUGCAGACUCUCAACGGACGUCGCGUCCAUCAGCAGGAGAUUCGCGUGAACUGGGCCUACCAAGCCAACACUGUGACCAAGGAGGAUACCACCAACCAUUUCCACAUUUUCGUCGGUGAUCUAUCCAACGAGGUCAACGACGAAGUCCUCCUCCAGGCAUUUUCCGCUUUCGGUACCGUCUCUGAGGCUCGUGUGAUGUGGGACAUGAAGACUGGUCGUUCUCGAGGUUACGGUUUCGCUGCUUUCCGGGAUCGCGCCGAAGCUGAGAAGGCUCUGAGCUCAAUGGAUGGCGAAUGGCUCGGCUCUCGCGCCAUUCGAUGCAACUGGGCCAACCAAAAGGGUCAACCCUCCUUCUCUCAGCAGCAGGCCAUGGCCGCCAUGGGUAUCACCCCGACGACUCCUUAUGGCCACCACUCUUUCCCGACUCAAGGCGCGCAGUCUUACGAGAUGGUCCUCGCGCAGACUCCCAGCUGGCAAACCACUUGUUACGUCGGAAACCUGACUCCCUACACCAGCCAAAACGACCUUGUUCCGCUCUUCCAGAACUUCGGCUAUGUCACCGAGACCCGCUUCCAGUCCGACCGCGGCUUCGCCUUCAUCAAGAUGGACACCCAUGAGAACGCGGCCAAUGCCAUUUGCAACCUCAGUGGAUACAAUGUCAACGGUCGUCCCUUGAAGUGCAGCUGGGGCAAGGAUCGACCUCCGACCGGUCAAUUCGAUGCUUACUCCCCUGCUGUUGGCACUCCUCAAGCCGGUGGCUUCCCUGGCGCACCGCAAGGCUUCUUCCCGCAGUAUGCUCAGGGCGCAGCUGGUCUCUCCGCUUUGUCUCCUGGAGGUACGUGUGAUCUUUUAUUCUUGUAUCCUUCUGAUGGCUCACCUACUAACAUUUUUUUUCUCUAA